GGCGUUGGGGCAAACGAAGCUGUUUCUUUCUCUUCUCAAACCUCUUCAUCUCCUCCACCCACCACCACUUCUCGUUCUUCCCCUAAAUAUUCAAUCUUUAUACUUUGCUUCUUCAAGCGUCAAGCCAUAGCCAGCCAAGAAAAUUAAAAGCAAAAAUAAAAAGAAAACCAGAAAAAGUGAUGAUACUUGCUUCCUACCAUCCAAAAUCUUUCCUUCAAUCCAACUCUACAUAGACACCAAAUCUUGACGUCCCAUUAUUCCAUUAAGUCCUUCCAAAGAAACCAAGUUUGCCAUAAAAAAGUUUGUUUCUUGGCUCUAAAUUCUUGACCCCAAUAAAGAAACACAAUGACUGAAGUACUCCAAUCAUCCCCAUCUCACUUCUCUUCACCUUCAAGCUCCACCUCAACGCCACAUGCCCUUAUUAACUCUAGUGUAAGCACUGUGGAAAGCAUAGCCCAAGAUAGUGACCAAGAAGAAGAGAGAAGGCAAGAGGAGGAGAGGAAAGAAAGGGACAGGGAAGGGGAUCAACUGUCUUUAUUAACACUUUUGGUCGCUGCUUUUAGGAAGUCUUUGAUUGGGUGUAGCAUUUCUGAUAGCAAAGAGCUUUGCUCAAUGGAAAUUGGGUUGCCUACCAAUGUUAGACAUGUUGCUCAUGUGACUUUUGAUAGGUUCCAUGGAUUUCUUGGUUUGCCUGUUGAAUUCGAGCCUGAGGUCCCCAGGAGAGCCCCAAGUGCCAGUGCAAAUGUAUUUGGAGUUUCAACAGAAUCUAUGCAGCUUUCGUUUGACUCUAGAGGGAAUAGUGUGCCAACAAUACUACUCCUAAUGCAAAGGCAUUUGUAUGCCCAAGGAGGCCUCCAGGCAGAAGGAAUUUUCAGAAUUAAUGCUGAGAACAGUCAGGAGGAGUAUGUUAGGGAACAACUAAAUAGGGGAAUUAUACCGGAUGGGAUAGAUGUACAUUGCUUGGCAGGUCUUAUAAAGGCUUGGUUUAGAGAACUUCCUAGUGGUGUCUUGGACUCUCUUCCUCCAGAGCAGGUAAUACAAUCCCAGUCAGAAGAAGAGUGUGCUCGGCUUGUACGGCUCCUUCCUCCAACAGAAGCUGCUCUACUGGAUUGGGCAAUAAAUUUAAUGGCUGAUGUUGUGCAACUGGAACAUUUGAACAAGAUGAAUGCACGCAAUGUUGCCAUGGUGUUUGCUCCAAACAUGACUCAAAUGUCCGAUCCUUUGACUGCAUUGAUGUAUGCGGUCCAGGUAAUGAAUUUUCUCAAGACACUUAUUAUCAGAACACUUAAAGAAAGAGAAGAUUCUAUGGUAGACUCUACUCCUGUUUCUCGCUUAGAGCCUUCUGAUAAGAAUGGACGGCAAAGCUCUUCACAACUGCACAAAGAUGUCAAUGAGGAGGUUAAAAAUGAAAGUGAAGGAGAAAAAGUUUUUGUUGCUCAAGAACCUGCCAUGGAGAGCCCCACUCACUCUGCCGAAGAGAAUUUGACAGCAGAAAGUAACUCUGAAAGUUUCCUAACUUCGAUCGAGAACAUUUGUGCCGGAAAUCGAUCUCUAGUUGAUAACUGUCCUUGCACUGUGGUUUCUCAAGUGAACUCUUUGGCAAAUGGACUCGAAGAAGGUGGCCUACGAAGUACAUCUGGAAAGAGCAGAACUGGUCAAUCAAGUGUUUCAAGUCUAAAGAAGGGAUCAAAGAAGGUAAAUGAAUGGUCAAUCUGCCAGGUAGCAGGACCUGUAGAGAAGAGCAAGGGAACGAAGAUUGUUGGCCGUAUAAAUUCAAGAGCAGAGCUUUUUGAAGCUUGGAGGUGAAUGGCCUUGAAUGCUAGGAUGUAGUCAGAUGGGGUCGCGAUGGAAGAGAAAUGCCAACUGGUAGAAGUUGGUAUGUUGUGUUUUGUGCUUUUGUUUUGGGAAUAUUGUGUACGAGUUCAUGUGUGCCUUGUAUGUUAUUUUGGGUGGGAAGUCUUUAACCGUUCGUCGCUUCAUACUGACAUUUCCUCGGCUCAUUCUAACAUUUUCUAUUGUUCACGAUACUUAUUGGUGAAGCUUCUAAUCAAUCAAAGUUGCUUGUAUUGCUCAAA